AUGGCCUCCUCACGAACUCCUCUCCUUGCAGAUCCUCAUCGCAAUUCCCUCGAGUCAAACUACGAUCACGAAGACGACGAAGAAACCCCUUUCCUCUACGGCUUCGCGACCACAUCCCCUACGCGCCCGUUCGCGACGAGCUUCAAACCAAGCCUCACUCUGCGAGCCCUCGCUCUCGUCCUCGCGAUCCCCGCAUUCAUCAUCUUUGUCACACAUGGUCCUCUUUAUGCGGGUGUAAUCGUAUUCCUCUCUUUCGCGAUUGCACGACAGGUCAUUGUACUUGGGUCGCAUUUUGGCAGUCAGUUCGUGCUCAUAAAGAUCGAGGUGGUGCAUCCGAGAUUGAAGGAUGUUUCCGCCAGGGCGCAAGAAUCGUGGAUCCAGAAGUCUGCGGCUGCCACCAUAGAUGGGAUCAUACUUUUGGGGAUGUUGAUCACUUUGAGCUUGAUCGCGCAUCAGGUUGAUGUCUGUGGUGGGCCUUGCGAUUUGCCGCCUUCGACUACUGCUGCUGUGAUUUUGGGGUUCAUUACUUUUGGUCUGCUACUGUUGUCAGUUCCCGACUUUGGAAACCCGAACCUGCUCGCCCUAGCUAUUGCAGUAGAGAAGCCCGUUGGCGGGGUAUACAAGUUAGCUACAAGCGUGCUGUUUGGUGAGCCAGAGGAAUCGGAAGAUGAUUCAAACGAAUACCAUGAUCAUCGUUACAUUGGGAAAAGCCGCCCACAAAUGUCUGCAGGAUCCGAUGUAUGA